UUGAGCGCGGGAAGAUGGCGGCGUCCAGGUGGCGAUCUUGAAGCGAUCGGAUCGGUAUGGCGUUGGCGUCGGGGUCAGCAAGGCUGGCGCUUGCUCGCCCCGGGCGGCUAGGUCUUGGGAGCUGCGGGGCCCCAAGACGCGGGGCGUAUGAGUGGGGCGUGCGCUCCACGCGGAAGCCCGAGCCUCCUCCCCCGGACAGGGUGUACGAGAUUCCUGGACUGGAGCCCAUCACCUACGCGGGGAAGAUGCACUUUAUGCCCGGUCUGGCGCGGCCAGUCUUCCCGCCCUGGGACCCUGGCUGGACGCCCCCGAAGUUCCGCCGCUUGCCCCCGCUUCACGAGCACCCGCUGUACAAAGACCAGGCCUGCUACGUCUUCCACCAGCGUUGCCGCCUCCUCGAGGGUGUAAAGCAGGCUCUCUGGCUUACCAAGACCAAGUUAAUAGAAGGCCUUCCUGAGAAAGUGCUUAGCCUUGCUGACGAUCCAAGGAACCACAUAGAGAACCAAGAUGAAUGUGUUCUGAAUGUGAUCUUUCACGCUCGUCUCUGGCACUCUACUGAAGACAUCCCCAAGAGAGAGACCUACUGCCCAGUCAUUGUGGACAGUCUGAUACAGCUGUGUAAAUCCAGUCUCAAGCAUCCUUCUCUGGCCAGACGGAUCUGUGCCCAAAACAACACGUUAUCCACCACCUGGAAUCGAGGGUCUACUCUUAUUCAGGUCCAUGGUUCCAGUGGAGCCCAACUGAAUGCCAAGGAUCCUCUGCCCCCCAUAGCCUCCCGAGAGGAAGUAGAAGCUACUAAGAAUCAUGUUCUUGAGACCUUCUAUCCCAUAUCUCCCACUGUGGGUCUUCAGGAGUGCAAUGUUUAUGAUGUGAACGAUGACACAGGAUUCCGAGAGGGUUAUCCGUACCCCUAUCCCCACACCCUGUAUUUGCUGGAGUCAGCCAAUUUACGACCACACCGCUUUCAACCAGAUCAGCUGCGGGCCAAGAUGAUCCUGUUUGCCUUUGGCAAUGCCCUGGCUCAGGCUCGGCUCCUCUAUGGGAACGACACUAAGGUUUUGGAGCAGCCAGUAGUUGUGCAAAGUGUGGGCACUGAUGGACGUGUCUUCCAGUUCCUGGUGCUACAGCUGAACACCACAGAUCUGGCCUCUGAUGAGGGUGUCAAGAAUCUAGUCUGGCUAGACUCGGAUCAGCUCCUCUAUGCGCAUUUUUGGUGUCUCCCGGUGGUCAGAAGGAAGGCAGUUGUGGAACCUGUUGGGCCGACUGGUUUCCAGCCAGAGACAUUCAGGAAGUUUUUAGCUCUGUAUUUGCACGGUGCUGUGUGAGCCAAGGACCGUUCUGAGGCCUGGAGCUCCCUGUGCCCCUCUCCCCCUGAGGGUCCUGGGGCCUGGGUGGGGCCUGGGGCCUGCUCGGAGCCCAGUGCUCCUUUGGCUGGUGGUCUCGCUGACAAUAAAGAGCCCUUCCGGUGCA